UAUAAAAAAAACAGGAUCUCUUUCAAAUGUAAAACAACUCUUUCAAAUGACACAAACUAGGUACGUGCCAUCUCCUGAUCUUCUGCUUAUCAAGACCGUUACACGCGUCGAUCGUGUAAUCAUCGAUACGACAUAAACCACCGCUUCCACUCCUCUAUUAACACAUUCUAUUCUGCCGUUCUCAAACAAUUCUUUCGCACGUCAGAAUGGCUUCGCAUCAAGAGGUCAAGCGAGAAUCCAAUUCGCAAGAAGCGGAGCACGGGAAGGAGGGCAUGUCGCUAGAAGAGAUCGGGCAGCACCGCGCCACCGCGCAGCAGAACUCUAUCGAGUCCCUCAGAGCCGCGGAGGAGCGCUACGACAAGACCAAGAACGCCAGCGCUGCAGCGCUCGACGACACCAAAGAGGCCGUCAUGCAUGGCCUCGGCGCCGCCGGUGCUUACGCCUCCGCUAAGGGCGCCGAGGCCAAGGGUGUAGCCUCACAGGGGGUCCAUGUGGCGUCGGAGAAGGGCUCCGAGGCUAAAGAUUACGCGGCCGAAAAGGCACACGCCGCGGCUGAGGCUGCUGCACAGAAGGCAGUGGCCGUAAAAGACUUAGCGCUCGAGAAGGGCCAGCAGGGGCUCGAGGUGGCCAAGGACACUGCCGUCCAGGCGGCAGCCAAGACGAAGGACACCGCAGUGAGCGCAGGGGAGUCUGCUGCGGGGCAUGUGAAGCGAGCUGCUGUGCAAGCAAAGGAAGCUACUGUUGCUUCCGGUGAGAGUGCGGUAGAGUACGGGAAGCAGGCAGUCGUGAAGACGAAGGACGUCGUGGUGGGCACAGGGCAGACCGCAGCAGAGUACGCUAAGGCGAUCUCCAUUAAGAUGAAGGAUGCCACGGUAAGCGGAGGAAAGAAGGCCGUGGAGUCAACAAAGCUGGCAGCGGAUAAAGCUAAGGAAGCGACGUUGAGUGCCGCCGACUACGCACAGGGAAAGACGGCCGGGUCCAAGGAGACCGCCGUUGAGGCGACACAGAAGACUGUGGAAUACUCUGGGGAGAAGACAGAAGAGGCGAAGGAGACGGCGAAGAGCAUAAGUGAAAAAGCCAUGGAGAAGGCAGAAGAGGCCAGGGAAGCAACCAAGGAAUAUACGAGUGAGAAAACAGAGGAAAUAAAAGAGGCAGCCAGAGCCAUGUCGCAGAAGGCCAUGGAGAAAGCACAGGAAGCAAGGGAAGCAGCGAAAGGCAAAGGGGAAGAGGCCGUGAAGAGAGCCAGAGAGAAGGCAGAGGAGGCAAUAGAGGCCGCGAAGAGAUCCCUGGAGUAUGCAGGUAUUAAGGGAGAAGAGGCAAGGGAGAAGGCAAAAGAAGAUCUCAAGCAAGCUAAAGAGUAUGCUGUCCAGACAUCAACCCAAGUCGAGGGAAAAGUGGAUCGGAAGCAAGAGGAGGAAGGAGAAGAACAUGGAAAAACAAAGGAAGCAGAAGUCUCUGCUGUAGCUAGUGCUGGAAUACUCGAAGUUAUUGGUAUGGCUGUGAUAGAAAUUGCCAUGUCUACAGCUGAUAUGAUCAUGGGAUUAGACCCAACAGAAGAGGAGGCUAUGAUAUGAAGAAUCAAGAAUGAUGGUUUUUAUACUAGUUGUGUUCUGUUUCUGGUGAUGUGAAUAAAAAUGGUGAGAGCUUUUUAAAUCAAAUGGCUACAUGCCAUCUUUACACUA